AUGCCUCCAAAAGUUGACCCAUCCGAAAAAGUUGAAGUAUUCCUCAGAGUAGCUGGUGGUGAAGGUGGUGCCAUGUCCACCCUUGCCCCAAAGUUGGGUCCACUCGGUGUCUCCCCAAAGAAGGUUGGUGAUGAUAUUGCCAAGGCCACCAUGCCAUGGAAGGGUAUGAAGGUUCAAGUCAAGUUGACCAUUCAAAACCGUAUCGCCUCUGCUGAAGUUCUCCCAUCCGCUUCUGCUUUGGUUAUCAAGGCCCUCAAGGAACCACCCAGAGAUCGUAAGAAGGAAAAGAACAUCAAGCAUCACGGUAACAUCCCACUUGAGGAAAUCGUCAAGAUUGCCCGUACCAUGCGUUUCAAGUCUGGUGCCGUCGAAUUCAAGGCUACCGUCCUCGAAAUCUUAGGUACUGCUAACUCCAUUGGUUGCAAGGUCAACGGAAAGUCACCAAAGGAAAUCCAAGCCCAAAUCAAGGAUGGUUCUUUGGAAUGUCCAGAUGCUUAA